AUGAGCAACCCCAAGGGAGAACCAGGAGUCGAACCAAAAGAACUCGUGCAGACAAUGAAACAACAGAGGACGAACAAACGACGCAACUUCACACGGUUAGUGAACAGGAUUUCCGAUAUCCUUUCUGAAGACCACCCGACACUGGAACAGAUAGUGAAUGUUCAAACGAUUUUGGCAGUUCUCGAGGAGAAUUUUUCGGAUAUCAAGGAGCUGAAUAAGAAUAUCGAAUUUAAUUUUGUUAGUAUCGACGAAGGUGAUGCUGCUAGAGAUGCCGAGGACGCUUGUGAAAAGUCCGUCGAUAAUCAGAUGAAUAUCGUUAAAGCCAAGAACUUUUUAGCUAAAUUCAAGUCAACAAUGCAUAACCCAGUAGUACCAGUGCCAAAAGGUCCAGUGACUACUUCAAAGUUACCAAAAUUAACGCUUCCGACGUCGACUUUCAAUGGUAACCUUACUGAUUGGCUGCCAUUCUGGGAACGAUACACAGCGGAAAUCGACAAAAAUUCGAACAUUUCUGAUAUAAAUCGUUUUGAUUACCUAUACGGUUUGUUAGAAGGUGAAGCUUUGGACUCUGUUCGAUCACUCAUACCCUCAGCAGCGAAUUACGUGAUUCUCAAGAAAACAUUGCUAGAAACCUUCGGAAAAGACCGAAAAAUCAUUCGUGCGCACGUUUUGCGACUGUUUCAUUUGAGGAACCCAAACAUGUCCGGAGCUGCACUUUGCUCGUUUUAUAAUCAAGUAAUGACGGACCUGCGGAGUUUGGAAACACUAAAGGUUGACGUUGAUAGAGCAGCUGGAAUAAUUGUACCUAUUCUCGAGGAAAAACUACCUGCUGUUAUUCGGGGAAACAUGGCUGAUCUUGACAGGACAGAUGUGUACAAUCUUAAGACAUUCACUGACGGGUUAAAGCGCCAGGUCGAACGUUAUGAAAGACAGACUGAGGAUAUUGAUAUUACAGAGAGGAGAACUGUUGAAAUCUGUCAAAAGCUACCAAAUUCAUCUGUAGGUGCAUUUAUGGCACACACUAGUAACUGCGAAAUUUGUGGUUCACCGAAACACCAACCAGAAAAAUGUAAUCUUUCUGCAAAACAAAAACGUGAUUUGGUGUUUGCAAAAGGACUAUGCCGAUUGUGUUUGUUGCCAGGACACUUUUCUAGGAAAUGUACAAGUUCGCUACAGUGUUCAUCUUGCUGUGGACUACAUCAUACGUCACUGCAUGGAAUCGAUUUCGGAAAUCGUUCGCGGUAUCGUGCUCAGUCAAGAAAACGGUAUAAUCGUGGGAAUAGAAAUUCGAUCACGGAGAUUACGCAAUCGGCCCAGGAAACGCCAGGACCGACGUCGUGCUGCAGUUUGGUUCAGAAUAAAUCUACGAGUGCCGGUAUGGAUACGUUGGUGGAAAGUGAUUCAUACGCGGAUAUUGUUACGUCAUCGAUCAUGAUAGCUGAUAACCCAGUGUUGGUGAAAACGGCCAGGGCUAAAAUGGACUACAAUGGUACGCAGGUAGAGGUUCGAAUCUUCAUUGACGAGGGUUCAAUGUUAAGUUACAUGCGUCAGGAUGUCGCGUUAUUACUUGGCAUCCAGCCUAGGGAUUAA